AUGGCUACGGCGCAGAAAUGUGUCCACCAGGGCUGUGGCAAGACCUACACUGAUCCGACGGAGAAGUGCGAAUAUCAUCCCGGUCCUCCAAUCUUUCACGAGGGCCAAAAAGGAUGGAAAUGCUGCAAGCCCCGCGUCCUCACCUUUGACGAAUUCAUGACCAUCCCACCCUGCACAACCGGGACCCAUUCCACAACCGACGUCCCUCCUCCCGUGGAAGAAAAGCCCAAAGAAGACGACGACUCACUCGCCAAGAAGAUUGAAGCCCUCACAGCUUCAGCCCCAACCCGUGUUCCCAUACAGCCCGCUCAAUCAGCGCCGACGCCGCCCCCGCCUCCCCCCGAAACAGAAGACGAUGACCCAAGCUUAGAAAUCCCCGACGGAACGACCUGUCGCCGGCGAACAUGCGAACAGAAGUACAAAACGGGCAGCUCACGAGAGGGAGAGACGUGCGUUCAUCACCCCGGUGUGCCGAUCUUCCACGAAGGCAGCAAGGGGUACUCGUGCUGCAAGAGGCGAGUCUUGGAGUUUGACCAGUUUAUGAAGAUUGAAGGCUGCAAGACCAAGGAUAGGCAUUUAUUCAUUGGCAGUGGCAAGAAGGAGAAGGAGAAGGCGGGAUCGGGCGGAGAGGAAAUUUUGACUACAGUCAGACACGAUUUUUACCAGACAGCCGCGAAUGUCAUUGCGGCUUUCUUCCUCAAGAAGAUCAACAAGGAGAGCGCCAAGGUUGAGUUUCAAGAAAAGCAGCUGGUUCUCGAUUUGGUCACGACUGAUUCCCCGCCAAAGCGGUACACCGCUGAUGUGCCGCUCUAUGGACCGAUUGACCCAGUCAAGUCGUCGUUUAAGAUUCUCGGUACGAAGUUGGAAGUGGUUUUGGUAAAGGCAAAUGGGGCGUCAUGGCCGGUCCUUAGGGGGGAUGAGGCUUUGACGGGGGAGAUUUUGCAAAUUGGACGAGCGGGAAGAGCGUAG